AUGGGUGAUGCAGCUCACAAAGCAGAAACACCAUCAGUGUUGAAGCAGCUGCCAGAACAUUUUCUUAAAAAUAUAAACCAUACUGUUCACUAUAAGCUUCUAGAAGCUCAGUUACUCCAAAAGAUAGUAGAGAUAGAGCAAAAGUACAAUAGUCAUAGUAAAGUUAGGGAGAAAGGUCAGAAAACCUGCAUUCUAUUUGAUCCAAAGGAUAAGGAGAUAGAUCUGUCUGUGCAUGCUUAUGCAAGUUUCAUCGAUGCCUUUCAACAUGCCACCUGUCAGCUGACAAAAGAAGUCCUUUUACUGAAAACUUUGGGCAAGGAGAAACAGCACUUACGUGGGAUUAAGUUUGCUGAUGACUUCAGAAAGAGGCAUCCAGAUAUACACUUUGUACUGAGUCGAGAGUCAAUGACUUUGACUGGUUUGCCAAAUCAUGUUGCAGAGGCAAAGCAAUAUGUCUUAAAGAGUGGGGACCUGUCGCUGUCAGCUGGAGAGAAAUUGAACAAAGAUCAUGAAACACCCAUGGACAUUGAUAGUAAUAAUUCAAAAGCAGCUUCACCUCCAUUCAAGGACUCUGCAAGUUCUGUGGCCUCCAAAGCAGACAAUAAGGAAAAGGACCUCUGUGUCAUCUGCAUGGAUACCAUGAGUGACAAACAAGUACUACCAAAGUGCAAGCACGAAUUCUGCAGGCAUUGUAUAGAUAAAGCCAUUUCUUAUAGGCCUGUCUGCCCCGUGUGUCAGACUUCUUAUGGCGUCCAGAAAGGGAAUCAACCAGAAGGAACUAUGAAUCACAGAACUGUAAAACAGUCACUUCCGGGUUAUCCAUCCUGUGGCACCAUUGUCAUUACAUAUAAUAUGUCAGGAGGCAUACAAACGAACAAGCAUCCAAACCCAGGAAAGCCUUAUUCUGGAAUACAGUGAACUGCAUACUUGCCUGAUAAUAAGGAAGGAAAGAAGGUUUUGGAACUACUUUUAAAAGCCUUUGAACAAAAGCUGAUUUUUACAGUGGGGCAAUCUCAAACAUCAGGAAUCUCAAAUGUCAUUACAUGGAAUGAUAUAUAUCACAAAACAUCCUGGUCUGGAGGACCAGAAAAUUAUGGCUACCCUGAUCCUCACUACCUGGAACGUGUCAAGGAGGAACUGAAAGCUAAAGGAAUUGAGUAAGAAAACUGCUGGAAGAA